UAGAUUGAUAUUCUCUAACAUGGCCUCAUCACAUUAAUAUCAGAGUGCAUGAUUUCUUUGUGAUUUCUCUGCCUCUCUCUCGUUCUAAUGGCUGCAAUCCAUUCCAUUAAGGUGUUAGAGAAAUGCCAAGUCUCUCCACCUGCAGCUUCAAUGGAGAAAAAAUCUCUUCAGCUUACUUUCUUCGACGUAAUGUAUCUGUACUAUCGUUGUCCCUCCCGCAUAUUCUUUUAUGAAUUCCCUCAUCCGAUUACCCUCUUCAUGGAAAGCAUCAUUCCCAACCUCAAAAACUCACUCUCCCUCACCCUCCAACACUUCUACUUUCUUGCCGGAAACCUAAUGUGGGUUCCCCCAACCACUGAACCUGAGAUUCGUUUUGUCAGUGGUGACUCGGUCUCAUUUACCAUUGCUGAGUCUACUGAUAAUUUCAGUGAUCUCUGUGGCGACCAUCCUCGUGAUGAAAGUCAAUUCGACCCUCUGAUUCCUCAAUUGCCAUCGCUCUUCGACUCCAACGUAGUCCCACUCCUAGCCCUACAAGUGACCUUCUUCCCCAAUUCCGGUUUCAGUAUCGGAAUUACCUCGAGCCAUGUGGUUUCCGAUGGCAGAAGCCUUUGCCAUUUCAUUAGGUCGUGGGCAACAGCAUGUAGGCUUGGAGGGGAUUCAUCUGCGUGUUCAGAAUUGCUUCCAUUCUAUGAAAGAACUGUGAUUGACGACCCUGAGGGUUAUUUGAAAACAAUUCUUCUCAAGGAGAUGGAAAACUACACGUCCAAGAUGACUUCCAAUAUCUCCGACGACUCUCAACCAAGCUUCGAAGUCCCAACUGAAAGCAUUGUUGUUAGAGCCACAUUUGUAGUGAGCCGAGUGAAAAUCGAUCAACUGAAGCAGUGGAUCUUGGCAAGACAUGGGAAGAAUGAAAAUCAGAUUGUACCACUAUCGUCGUUGCGUCUCUCGGCAUUUGUGGUAACAUGUGCCAUCACAUGGGUUUGCUUGAUUAAAGCAGGAGUGAUUGUGGAUUCUCCUGGUAAAGAGAUGGAGCAUUUCUUAUUUAGUGUAGACUGUAGGGAUCGCCUAAGGAAUCCUCCAGUGCCAGCUACAUACUUUGGCAAUUGUGUUGCUCUUGGAUUUGCAGAUGCAAAGAAGACUGAUUUAGAAGGAGAUAACGCCAUUGUUGUGGCAGCGAAGAUGAUUGCAGAUGCGGUUAAGCGGAUGGAAUAUGGAGUUUUGAGAGAUGCAGAGAGGUGGAUAUCAGAUUUGAGUUCCCGACUACCCGAGGGAUUUGUGACGGUGACAGGGUCACCCAAGUUUGGUGUUUAUGAGAUGGACUUUGGGUGGGGGAAACCAAAGAAGUUUGAAAUGCUUAGAAUGGGUGAGGGACAAAUUUCUCUUUUUGAUAGCAGAGAUGGAGAAGGUGCAGUUGAGGUGGGACUGGCUCUACCUAAGGCCAAAAUGGAAGCAUUCACAACUUUCUUUGCUGACUAUCUCAAACUCUGCAAUUCUUGAAUAGAUCGAUUGGAAUUGACUGACCUCAUCAUCAACACUAAAGGGUUGUGUUAAUUUGUGUAGCUAAACUUCAACCACAUGCAUCAUGAUGUAUUUCCCAAAUAGAGACCACCCUUAAUUUCCUUGGUUGUUAGUGUUAGGACUUCACUUCACCUGUUCGACUAAUUGCAUAAUUAAUAACAAUGGUGCUCAUUGAU